GGUAGAGUGUCAACUUACCAAUGGCUCCAGUGAAAUCUAAGAAGGCUUCCAAGCAGGCCAAGAAGAUCGUCCUUGACGCUACCAACGCUAACGCUGAGACUCAGAUUUUCGAUGUCGAGGCUUUCGUCAAGUACCUCAAGGAGCACAUCAAGGUCGAGGGCCGCACCGGUCAGCUCGAGGACAAGGUCACUGUUGCCUCCUCCGGCAACAAGGUCACCGUCACCUCUACCGUCAAGUUCUCUGGUAAGUACGCCAAGUACUUGACCAAGCGUUUCCUCAAGAAGAACGAGCUCCGUGACUGGCUCCGUGUUGUCGCCACCACCCGUGGUGUCUACGAGAUCCGCUUCUUCAACCUCUCCGCCGAUGAGGAGGAAGAGGAAGAGGAGGAAGAGGACGAGGAGGACGAGGAGUAAAUGUAGCCUAGUUUCAUUGUUUAAUUCACCUACUUUUAAAGAUGCCGGUAAACCCGUAUCAUGUAUCGCAUAUUUUCCAGUUUGUAC